UUGGAUGGCCUGUUUAGUGGCUCGGCUUGCCCCGCCCCCCAGCAGCUCGCUCGGCUUUCCUGCGCCAGCAGCUGUGUGUCACCGAGGCUGGGCUGCUGCCGGAGAGACCCGGAGUCAGGGCAAACACCAAACCACUUAACCCAAACUGGCAUCGCCGCGGGGCUGAGGGGCUGCCCCUGCCAGUAUUAAACCUGAAUACCGUUAGGUUGGAUCCUACGCCUCUCUCCGUCACCACCGCCCGUCUUCCUGAUGUCGGAUUUCAAGCUCGGGAUCGUACGGCUCGGCCGUGUGGCCGGGAAGACAAAAUACACGCUGAUCGACGAGCAGGACAUACCGCUUGUGGAGAACUAUGCGUUUGAGGCGCGCAUGGAGGUGGAUGCAGAUGGCAAUGGAGCGAAGAUCUUUGCCUACGCUUUCGACAUUGGUAAAGGCCGCUGGGCAGGACGGCCGUUGCAUGAGCUGCUCUGGGAGAAGCACAGAGGAGGCAUCGCCCCCAGUUUUCAAGUCAUCCACAUCAACUCUGUGACGGUGGACAACCGGCUAGACAACCUGCGACUGGUGCCAGUGGGAUGGAGCCCCAAACCAGAGGAGAUCUCCAGCAAACAGAGAGAGCAGUCUCUGUACUGGCUGGCUAUCCAGCAGGUACCAGCAGACCCGGUGGAGGAGCAGUAUCUGGAGCUGAGCCGCACACGCUACUACAACGCUAACGGGGAGCUGGUGGAGGAAGAGGAGUGCUCCUGCACUUACUAUGAGUGUCAUUAUCCUCCUUGUUCACUCAUUGAGAGGAGGCUCCGGGAGUUCAACAUCUGCGGUCGCUGCCAGGUGGCUCGCUACUGUGGCUCCCAGUGCCAGCAGAGGGACUGGCCCGCCCACAAGAAGCAGUGUCGCGAGCGCAAGCGGGUGCUGGCCCUCGAGUCGGAGCCCGAACGAUGAAGUGCAAACUGGGGAAAAAUUGCUUACAAGGGACUAACGACAGAGGACAAUGUUGGUUGCUUGAUUGUUUAACGGAUUCAGGGGGUAAGAAGAUGGAGGAGGGGAAGGAGAGUAAAGCAAAAGACAUCUGCCACUUCCCAGAACUGGUAAUUCUCCAUAGCUUGCUUUUCAUGUGGAUGACGGGGAAAGUUUGUUUUUGUUUUUUCUUUAUUAUUUUUUUUUUCUCGAGGAGGGAGACCCUCGAGCUCUACCUGCUGCUAUGGUUUUGUAAGUGAGGGGGGGAAAAGUUGUCUUGUUGACGAACUGGACAAGCUUCUUUGGACCACAAUACGAACAGUUGCCGUCAUCCACUUUUCGUUCCUCCACCCAGCCGCUGGGUGCGGUGACGUCUGUGCAAACGGGGGGAGGGGGGGACCCGGGGGCUGCAGUACCCAUCGUUCAGCUGGUACAAUGGGACAUGGACCUUUUCACUGUAUCGCUCCCCUCUCUGACCUCUCUGGUGCACAUGGCUGCUGUCUUCAUGGUCAUCGACACCUUAGCCGCCUCCCUGUCUGUUGUUCUCCCCCACGCAGCCGACCACGACACACAUCAGAUAGAUUUCACUGAUUGAAUCACACUACCAGUAUUGAGUGUGGGGGUGUGUGUAUGCUUGUGUGUGUGUGUGUGUGUGUGUGUGUGUGUGUGUGUGUGUGUAUGAAUGUAUGUGUAUGUGCUGCCAAUAUGUACUGAAGGACAUUGACAUGGUCAACAUGGGUAGCAGGCAUGGUUAAUGUAUGUCUUUUCUUUUCUGAAAGGGGCCAUAUUACACCGUUUUAAAGCAUAAAUUGAUAAAAAUGAAUAAAAAAAAUUUCACUGUUCAAUAAUAAAGUAGCUGCCAAAUAAAGGCUUAAAUUUCCUUUUUCUUUACCCAAUAAUAUUAUCAGGAUCAUCAAUUGUAAAAUUCUGGGCUGACACAAUGUUUAAAAUAACAAUUUGGCUGAUGGCAGCUGCUGAUUAGUUUAUUGUUUUCAUUUUUGUUAUUUAUUCCUUUCUUUUUUGAGCCAGGGAAACAAAUAGAUAUUCAUUAUAAAAAUACUCAGCGGCUUUAAAGUUAUUUAACCCAUCGUUACAAAUGAAAUAAUGCAAAUGUAUUAAACAGCCUUUUAACGGUUCCAUAUGUAAGAAUUUGUCUUCUCUCAGUGUAUUAAAAGUAUAGACAGAAUGUGAAAAACAACAGUUUUGACACCAUGCCCAAGAAGUCUGUGUAUUUUGUUGUGGAGACAUCUACUGAAGUUAGCAAGUCAACUAGCUAGUCCACCUUGCAGCUAUCUGCACGGCUAACUGAGCUAACUGGCUGGUUGCAGCCACAGCUAGCAGUAGUUAGCGGCUACUCCGGUAAAAUGCUGCCCCCGAUGACUUUGGAGUUCGAGAGGUGGCCAAUUCAUACAUUGUAUGAAGAAGUUGCUUCAAAAGGCUUUAUAGCCGACAAUACAGCUGGCUACUUUAUUAAGAAAAUAAUAGCCCUGAUGACACAACCAAUGACCAUUGGCCACUGCCACCAGUUAAAGGUGCAGUACAUAACGAUUGGACCCCUGUCGUAUUCAUACCCAAAACAAACGGGGAAGCACAUCACUGUAGAAACUGCUAAUCCAUCAUGAGCUAGGUAGAUUUGGUAAACUGUGCACCCAGUGGUCUGGACUGGGAGAACAGAGCACCACUGGAUUGUUGGAGUUUACACUGUUGGCACAGGAGCUUAGCAUGCUAACUUCAGUAGGUAUCUGUGUAACACAAUACAAAAACCCCUCUAACAUAAUAUCAGUGCUAUUAUUUCUUCACUCUGUCAUUUUUGUUAAUUUGAGACUUUUUCAACUAAAAUUCUUGCGUAUUGCACCUUUUUUAAGUCAUCUUAUUGGCUGCCAACAAGUUAAAUAUCAGCAAAAUUCAGGUUAGUGGGCUUUACUGGCAUUAUGUUGUUUGUCGCCAAAGCACAAAUGCAGUUACAAAUGAAUUAUUCAGCCGAUGUUGGUGCAUCCCUGUUUCUCAUUAAUUUGAUUAGACUUCUUUUGUUGAUUAAGAUUAGGUACACAGUUUUAAUUACCUGAAGUAACUGGAUUUAUAACAGCCUUUUUUUUCAUAGUUCUCAAGUUCCUGGUUCAAAAGCCGCUCCUGUCGUUAUUGUUGCUUUGAAAAAGCAUUUUCAGAGUACAGAAACUGCUUUUCUUGUUGCCACAUAAAUAUUUAAUCCUCUCGAGACAGAAAGUAUUUGUCAAACGGUUUUUUUUUUUGUUUUUUUUUCUGAUGAUCAAAAGUAAACGGCACGUGGUCUCUGAAAUGGUCUCUGCCAAAGUCUGCUCUGACCUGUUGUUCGGCACUCCUGUAUCAGCUGGUUUAAAUCCCUCCAGUCAGUUGUAGUUUCGCUGGUUUUUAACAGACACCUGUCUUUCCAACUGUAUUUUUGCAUCUGCAGGGUUACUGUGUGUGUGUGUGUGUGCGUGCGUGUGUGUGUGUGUGUUGGGGCCGGGGGGGGAUGAUGGGGGUUCCUGCUCAGUUUCUUGUGUGAGAGUUUGCUCUAAGGGUUAUUUUUUUGAAGAAAUUCUAUCAAUGGAGCUAUAUUUAUUUAAAACAUUUUGAUUGUGAAACGUUUUUUUUUUUUUUUUGUCCUGGUGAUAUUUGAAGGUUAUAAAAAAAA